AUGGCAACAGGAAAUAAAUCAAAUUUAUGUUCAGUAUGCAAUAAACUACCAGGAAUUCGCACUUGCAGUGGAUGUAAUAAAUACUUUUGCCCAAAGGAUUUAAGAGAACAUGAAAAAGAAUUAGCAAUAAAAUUCGAUAAUGAAAUAGUUAGAUCUCAUGAUGAACUUCUUGAUCAAAUACAAAAAUUAGAAAAAUCAAAUUAUUUGUCAUUGGAUCUUUUCGCUCAAAUUGAACAAUGGAAAAAGACAACAAUCAACAAAGUUGAAAGAGCAGCAGAAAAGGCACAUCAUGAACUUACCGAGCUAAUUGAUAAAAAACGAGCAGCAAUAACAAAACAACUUCAGUUAAUUACAAAAGAAAUUCGUUCACGUCGAGAAGAAGAAAUUUUUGUUGAAAAUGAUAUAGAUCAACUUAAACAAGAAAUUGAAAAAAUUAAACAAAAACUUGAAAUACUCAUUCAAAAAGAUACAACUCAAAGCAUCAUUGUUGAAAAUAGUCAAAUUGAUUGGAAUCGACUUAUCUACGUUCGAGAAAUUCAAGAUGAACGUGAUAUCGAAGAACAACAGCAAGGUUUAAGAAAACAAAUAAAUUGUGAGUAUUUUCAAUCUAAGUUCGGGAAGAAAAAACAGAUGAGACCAUCUGUUUAUGGCAAGCCAUCCCCGCCCGCAUCCUAUUCAGUCUAA